CGAUUUAUUCCGGAGUAAUUUUGUAGAUCUUGACAACCGAGCCCGCAAUUCUCAUUUACACCAACAUCAACAACCACCCCACCAGCCCCAAGACGAGCUCAAAAUGCUGCCAACGCCAGAUACUUCGCACGUAUCAUACGAGCGAAUAUACGAACCCGCAGAGGACUCCUUCCUGCUUCUGGACACGCUGUCAUCGGAAAGCGAGAAGACUUUCCUCACAAAUCGCUUCCGCGAUGGGCCCACGCCACAUGUCAUCGAGCUCGGCCCGGGCUCUGGAGUCGUGAUAUCAUUCGUCAACGCCCAUGCCGGCCUCCUAUUCGGCACGCCCGCCAUACUGAGCUCGGCAAUCGACGUCAAUGGGCAUGCAUGCUUUGCCACUGCAGCGACCGCCCGCAAGGCCGCCGCGGAGCACAAGGCUACGGCAGGCACAUUCCUUGGCCCGAUACAAGGCAACCUUUCCGCGCCACUGCGCGCCGGCAGCGUAGACGUCCUCAUCUUCAACCCGCCAUAUGUUCCCACGCCAGAGCUACCACGCCAGCCUGGCCAGGAGGACCACGAAGUCAUGGUCUCCAAGGAGAAGAAGCCUACCUUUGACGACGACUCGUACUUGCUGUCGCUGUCCUACGCCGGUGGGAGGGACGGCAUGGAGACGACGGACCGCUUCCUCGAGGAGUUGCCACAUGUUUUGUCGCCGAGGGGUUGCUGCUACCUGCUGCUCUGUGCGCAGAACAAGCCGGAGGAGGUCAAGGAGCGGAUACGGGGUUACGGCAGUGCGUGGAAGGCCGAGACCGUGGGGUCUAGCGGGAAGACGGCUGGGUGGGAGAAGCUACAAGUCGUCAGGAUAUGGCGAUAGGCCUGGACCAACUGCAAGUAUGACAGGAAUAAAUUUAUGCUGCACAUCUGCUCGAGGGAAGUAUGAA